UUUUUCUUUUUCCAGUUGUAAAUGCACAGUCCAGAUGGAAAGAAACAGUACUCGUUCAAGAUUCUUGUCAUAGGAGACCCAGCCACUGGAAAGACUUCUAUUAUUAGACGAUUUGUUCACAAUGUUUUCACAGCCAACUACAAAGCAACGAUAGGAGUAGACUUCGCGCUAAAGCGGAUCGAGUUAGACGACGGCAUGCAAGUUUAUCUACAGCUGUGGGACAUAUCAGGUAUGAUUUGA